GUUUCAUUAUUUUUCAAUAUUAAAAAAUAAAAAUGAAUUUGAUUAUUGUCUUUGGAUUGAUGAUAAUAACCAUUUCAAAAUGUCACCGUGUAGAUGAUAACCUUAAAUGCAGAGACUAUUUCACGAAAACUAAAGUCUUCGGCGAUUUCCAGGCCCAGACGUUUUGUGCAGAAAUAAGUACAUGUAUGGAAAAAUACGGUGACAUCGAUACAAGUCAUUAUGGUUUUUUGCAUUGCCAUAUUGAUGCAUGCGCAAAAACAAUGAUGGAAUGGGGUCAUACGGUGGUCGAAUUUCAAGAGUAUUGCAAUGAUUUACUAGCAUUUGAAAAAAAAUGGUAUCAUGCAAAUUUUGAAAGACCUCCUGUUGGUUCAAUGGUAAGGCCUUAG